AUGAAGGCUGACAAGAGCAGCAACGGCGAGGUGUACUUCGCACAGACGAAGGAGAACAUAGUGGUGGUGAGACCUGGGUUCAGCGUUGGCGAGGCGGUGUCCUUCGAGCUGACGAGUGUAGCCCACCCCGCAUUCAAGAUUAUGCCGCCAACCUCUAGCGAUAGCAAGCAGUUUUUGGAUACAAUGAAGAAGUGGGUUCCUGAGAAAGCAUGGAAAGCGUUUUUCGAGGAGGACAGAUCUUUGGGUUUGAAUCGCCUGACCCUGCCGGCGGUGAUGGAAUUUAUCCCAAGGGUGCGUGGGACCGAGAUCCGAUCCCUCCUAGACCUUCGUACGCCAGACAGCGUCUGCGAGCUGAAGCACAAGGACGAGGGCGGCUGUCUCUGCAAGGGCAUCUCCGAGCCGGGCAGCGAGAGCCCGGAGCAGGAGAGCUGCCAGGCCUGCCUGGACGAGCAGGAGGAGGAGCUGUACAGCGAGAAGGACGCGUGUGUGCCCGAGGCAGCCGUGAAGUGCUGGCCUCAGCUCCUGUCGGGCUCUUACCCCGAGAGCGUGUGCCGUCUGGCUGCGCUCGACACGUUCGUCCUGGGGCAGGACCAGCUCGCAGACCUCCCGAACAGCACCCGCACCUGGGGCAGUCAGGACGUCUUGCUCGACGGGAACGGGCGGGUCCUCCUUGUCGGCCUAGCCUACAAUCGCGACCGUCUUCCGUACAAGGGCGUGGGCGUUCCCAGCAAAAACAUGGACGACAUACGCGCGUUCGUGCGGGGCCACAAGGCACCGGGCGAGGCAACGCCGCUGAGUUACACAGAGACAAGGGGUAAGCUGCUCGCCAUGAUACUUUCUCCCGCGCUCGGUGAUCCCGCCCUCCCCGAGCGGCUCGCGGGCUGCGACCUCUCGUGGGGCGACGUCUCGGAGCGGCUGCGCAGGCCGCCUGGGACGUCCUUGGAGGACGUCUGGCGGAGGUGCUCGGAGGGCAUCAUGAGCGAGCUUGAUUUCUUGGCCAGCUUCUCCACGAAGCGCCUGAGGGACGCCAUCGGGGACUUCCCCGACAGGUGCAGGCUAGACCCGGGAGCCAUCCCGGCCGCCGACUGCGUGCGGAAGGAACAGUUCUUCGAGUACCUCGAGGAUCGGGACGGGCGAAAGGCCGACGAGCCCGAGGCCCCGCCCGCGCAGCGCACCUCGGCGCCCACGCCCGCGCCGGCGCCGAGCACGCCCGCGCCGACGCCGGGGCCGCCGGAGGCGCCCGCCGGGGCCCCGAGCCGGGCCCCCGUGGUGGUGGACCUGGUCGUGCACGGCAUCCGCUACGAGGCCUUCGACGAGCACCUGACGGCCCAGUGCGCGAAGGCCGUCCAGGAUGUGCUGAGCCGCGAGGCGGCGCCCCUCGUGGAGGGCGCCGAGAUCGAGGUCUCGAUCGAGAGGGCCUCGUCGGAGGAGGAGGUUGACGUGGAGGCGACCAUCCCCUUGUCGGCCAUCCCAGAGGACCGGGACAGCAGGGACAUCAAGGGCAAGCUGGAGAGGGAGAGCCUCCAGGUGGACGGCCGGAUCCUCGUCAAACUCCUGGCCGUCCCCGCCGCGAGGGAGGCGGCCCCGAACGGGAUCAAGGUGACGCUGAAGCGAGUGACCCUGGCCGAGGGGCCAGGCUCGGGGUGGAGCUGGCCCAACGUGGUGCUCGCGGCCGCCGUCGUCUGCGUCCUGGCCGCGGCGGCGGUGUGGCUGCGCCAGCGGCACCACGCGGUCCAGGCGGGCGAGCGGGGCAGCCUCGUGGAGAUGAGCAGGGCGGGUGCCUCCGCCUAGCCGCGAGCGAGCCCCCCCCCUCCCCGCUCGCGGGCGCCGCCUCGGCACGGCCAGGGAACCGCUCGCCCCGCGCGUGGGCUCUGGCCCGCCGGGCCGCGGCGCGGCACGCCUCGGGGGCAACGCCAGGGGUUAGAUAGGCCCCCAGGGGGGGGGCGCAGCGACCCCCCACCGCCCGUGCCUCGCCGAGGUGGACCCGGUGGCCCGCCCCGCCCCGGG